AUGGCCAAUGACAUCAGAGAUUCCAACCUUCCUGAUUGGAGGGACCGGACUCCCAGAGUCCAGAAGAAGGCCUUGGACAGAACAGAGACUAGGUUGCGUGGGAUGGAACAGAUUUUGGGAAAGAUCACGACCCUGCUCCCCGAGGAUAAGGAGGAGAGCCCCCAACCGAACACCUCAGGGUACCCCCUCCAGGAGGUAGUGGAUGAUGAAGUGUCGGGACCAUCAGCCCCUGGGGUAGAUGCCAGCCCCGGAUGUAGGUCCCUUUGCUGGAAAAGGAAGAGGGAGUGGUCGGACCACUCUCAGGAGGAGCCAGAGAAGGAGCUCGCCCCUGAGCCUGAGAAGACCUGGGUGGUGGAGACGCUGUGUGCUCUCAAGAUGAAGCUGAAGCGACAGCGAGUGUCGCCCGUGCUCCCCGAACAACACGAGGCCUUCAACAGGCUGCUUGAGGAUCCUGUCAUUAAAAGAUUCCUGGCCUGGGACAAAGAUCUGAGGGUGUCGGACAAGUAUCUCCUGGCUAUGGUCAUAGCGUAUUUUAGCCGGGCCGGCCUCUUCUCCUGGCAAUACCAACGCAUUCAUUUCUUCCUGGCUCUCUACCUGGCCAAUGACAUGGAGGAGGACUGCGAGACCCCCAAACAAAACAUCAUCUACUUCCUGUACAGGAAGAACCGCUCUCAGAUACCCUGGUUCCGUAGGCGUCGGAUCCAGUUUUUCCCUACCAUUCGCUGGAGGGCCAGGAAGAAACGUGCUCAGAAAGCCUUGUUCCAUAAGCUUCGGUUCCAGUUCUUCCGUUCCAUGGGCUUCAGGGCCUGGGUUUCCCUGGAGGAGUUGGAGGAGGUGGGUGGGGCGUGGGGAGGUGGAUAUGGGGAGGAAUCGGGUGGGCUGGAGGCUGGACGAGGGGAGAGAGGGGUAUCCUGGCGAUUCCCCAUCUUCUCAAAGGGUGUUUGUUUUUCCAGAUCCAGGCUUAUGACCCAGAGCACUGGGUGUGGGCGCGAGAUCGCGCCACCUUUCCUAGAGCUCCAGGGACCAUGGAGGCCUGAGGUCAUCGGCCUGAGAGAAGGUAUAUCUGCGUCCUCCGGGAACACCGGGCCCGGGGAGAUAAGGAUUUUCAGCAAGAACUCUAUUCCAACGCUAAUGGGAGACACUAGGAAGGAGGAGAGGAGCCAUUUGUGCAGAUCAUCUAGAAGAACCUGGACUGCUCUAAAAGGAGCUGAAGACAGUGAUCACGUUGUCCUCUUAGGACCGGGGGGCUACUUCUAG